CUGCUUUCGUCAUUUCAAGUUAAGAUUUUACAAACAAAACGGAAUGACAAUAUCGAAAUUGAAAGGUAAAAUUACAGGAGAACCACGGCAUCUAUUGGGAAAUUUGGGAAAACGUGGGAAAGAAAUCAUUUCUGAUGGCAGCCAGAAGAUUGUGCGGAUGAUUAAUCAAAUUGCUUCCGAAGGUGUGUGCUGCAGUCGAAACGCUUAGAAAGUCCGCAGACCUUGUGAGGCGUGUGACGUGCAUAACCUCACGCAACAAUUUCCUUCCUGCCUUUCAAAGAAAUCGAUGACUAAUGGAUCGAACGAGUCAUGAAUUACAGGUAAGUUGCGCAUCUUCGACAUCCUAUUCAACUUGUUGCGAAUAAUCUUACAGGACACGGACCGCAACCCCCAAAAAAUAGAAAUAAAAGGCCGGUUCGGUUUGUUUGAUCAGUUCAGCCGCGUUGCCAAUGGCAACCGAUGGAUAAACACAAAAGAGCCAGGGUCUGUGUAUGUUUGUGUGUGGGUUUUCUCUCAUUCUCUAUUCAUUUCCUCUCUUCACCAACGCCCUUUUCCUUACAACUGACCACCCCUUCUCUCUCUUCCUCAUUCCAUCAAUCGGAUUGUACAAGUGCGCAGCAGAGCAGUAUGUAUCUAUCGAUGGAAUGCGGGUCUCGCGGUGGAAUCCGGAUCGUGGCAGAUCAUCACUGAGCCUCUCGUAGGCAUCCGGAGAAGGAAGGAUAGAGUAUUAUAAUGCGCUUUUCAACCAUUUGGCCGAAAUCCCCCCUCUUUCACGUUUCUGCACACAUCCAGACACCCUCGGGAUAAUUGGGAAUGGGGCUGACAAGGCCAAUAACCUGGCGUACGCGACUCAAGCAGGUCAACUGGUUUUAUUCGGUUCCAUACUGGAUCCUCUUCUUCUUCUUCUUCUCUCCACUAGAUGAUGGGCCGUUGAGGUUAGCCGGAGCAAGGAAUAUAGCGCCCCAGGGUAGACCAGGUAACCUCGGCGUAUACCUGUACACACACACACCUGGGAAUGGGGUGGUGGGAGGUAGUCUCCUGUUCUCUUUCUCCCUCCUCCCCUCUUCUUCUACACACUUUGUGAGUGUGUGUCUCUCUCUCUUGCCCACCUUUCCGUGUGUACCUGGUGGUGGAAGGGAAAAAAGGAAAAGAGAGAAAAGGAAAGAAAAAAGAGCCACGUUGCCAUCAAAAGCGAAAAGGUGUACAACAACGCAGUAGGAUAGGAUAGGAGAGAGAGAGAGAGAGAGUUUGUGUACUACAGUGUAACCAACACACACAUACAGUCGACGCUGGGCCGGGCAAACAGUCGCCACGGGCUUGGAAAGUGCAACACUCGACCAAACAUCACAGAGGAACUUCAGAGCUGACGGGCGGCGGGUUGUGUGUUGUUGUGUUCAGUGUCACUUUGUUUCGUCAUCGUUCCACCCAACAAACGUGAGACAUCAGUUUGACUUUUUUCGCAGUCGUCCGCAGUGUGAAUUCGAUAACCAAAUAAAAUAUCAACAGGCCACAUUGCGUCAAAUCCUCCAUUUUUUGGUGUACCUGGAACGCUGGCCAUCUUGGACGCUACCAACAACCGGCGAAAAUUCAAAAGCCAAGAAGUUUGUGCAAAAAAAAGGAAGAACCUUGGAGCUGGGCAACAUUCUGGCGGUGGAUCAGACUGGAACAACAAAAAACCCCCCCAACCAAAAGAAGACAAAAACUUUGAGCGAGAGGAAGUAAAACAAAACCGCAGAACAACCGACGAAGAAUCGCAUUUAAGGAGAGAGGGAGGUGCCACAACAAUUCCCCUCCGCUCUGUGUGUGUGUGUGUGUGUUUAUAUUUCUGUUAGAUAGGCACAGACAAGUCGUAGAGAAUUCUCCAGACACAACACACAUAGUCCGUGUGUGUGUAUGCGCACCUCACACGAUGUACACCGGAUAUUGCAGGUUGGCGCUGGAUAUUGAGACGGCCGCCAGUUAUUCUAGCACCGGAUUACCUACAUGAACUCCUGCCGAUUCGCUCCGAGGAAUUUUUUUACCGUUUUUCUUUAUUUUUGAAAAGAAAAUAAAGUUGAAUAAAGUUGUUGACUUUUUCCCCCCCAUAGCCGCGCCCCUUUUCCACCCUCCUCCCAAAUAAGGAAUUUUAACCGUUUACAACGUUGCAAACGUGAAAAAGUUGAAGAAAAAACCCGCACCGGAUUACAACUUUUGUCGACUUGUGUGUUGGUGUUGUUUGGGUUUAGUGUCGGAUGUUGAUCAUCGCAAGAUGAGCAAAUGGAGAAGCGCAAUUUGAGAGUGUCCGCCUUGGCUGAGGGAUUAGCGGCCAUCGGCUUGGUCCUGGCCAUCAUCACCGUCAUAUCUCCGUACUGGGGAAGAUUUUCCAACGAAGGAUCACCUAAUAGUGGCGCAUGGACAUUUAUUGCCGGAGUCAUUGCUGUUGUCAGCGUCAUCUCCCUCGGUCUGGCUGCCCUGCUGGGCGUCUGUCUCCUACUGAUGCUCAAAACCCAGGAGCGCGUCUGUCUGCCUUAUCGACCGGCCGUUGUGGCCCGUCUCGUCCUCUCGGCACUCGCAGCUCUCAUGUCGACUACAGCCAUAGCAUUGGCCAGCAUCCGGACAGACGAGAGACUACCUUACGGCUUGAGUCGAGGAUGGACCUUCUACCUGCAGAUGCUGGUCAUCGCAUCCGAAGUCCUCCUGACGCUGGCCUCCACCUACGAUUUGAUGCUGAGUCGACGGCUGGGCGGCGAUCCCACAUUUUACAGCCGCGAUCCUUCAGGCUCCGGCGCUCUCACCUACUCCAAUCCCAGUUUCAAGGACGAUUCCGGCCGUCCCAGCGGAGUGGGUGGCGGGCGACCAGGAAGCGGAAUGGGCGGAGGGCGGCCGGGAAGUAGCAACGGUUCCUCGACUAGUAACAGUAGCAUCAACACCAUCGUCUCGGCCAGCUCCGUCCGAUCGGCACCCAAUGGCAAACAGGUCAGCACCAACGGGGCCCGAAUGCACAACUCGCACAAUAAAACUUCCUCCUCAGGCAAGAGCCCUUCUUCCGGCAGAGCGUCACCUAAACGGCCAACCACGGGACGAUUGGCGAACGGUGCGAUGAUCCGCGCGGCGGCCGGCCGUGGGAGCCAACGAAGUCGGUCAAGUGGACACAACAGUUCAAGAUCGAAACCGACCAUAGCCUUAACGGCCUCCAGUGCCCAUCCGUACUCGAUGGGAGGAGCUGACGGGCGAUCACCCGACAGCGUCGAUCACGGCAGCACGUCGAGCAUUUUAAAUGGAUCAUUCGGCUCGAUCGAGAGUUCCAGCUACGGCACGACCAGUUCCAUCAUCUCCACGAGUUCCAUCUCGUCCAACCCGAUGGCUCUGUCACCCCGCAAAUCUUCGCUCAAGAAGCCCAGACCGCGCAAUGAGGUCCCGGCCUCUCCAGUGCCGGAAGGAAGCGAAACAGGUAGCAUCUUGGGAUUCCAGAAUCCGGGCUUUGGCGAAAACCGGCCCGGAAGCAUCAAACGGGUCCGCAUAGCCUCGCAGAGCACCGAUGUUUAAAACAAAACAAAACUGUGUCUACACAUGUGUACGCCAUUCGCAUCGUUUUGGAUGGAUCGUGGACUAUUUAGAUAACUUUUUUCAACGCAUGCGACUUUUGACAGGAUCAACUUGUGUUUGAGAGCAUUUAACGGUUUGAAAUGGAGCCAAGCUCAUCUUGAAUGGAUACACAAAUGUUCAGUUGUUUCUGUCGGUCGUUCCAAAGAGCGCGAUCGAAAAAGGCGAGACGUUCAAGUAAAAAUCAAGAUCAAACAAACAAUCGUUUCAAAAGUAUUUCAAAGAAAAAUCUCUCUCGCACACAUAUACCUUUUUUUUUGUGACGAAGAAAACAUUGCGACUGCAUUCAAACCUAUGGUAUCUUCCGUCCGUGUGUGUGAUACUAACCGGUGUGUAGUAAGACUUGCGUUUUCUCGUUUAGGAAAAAACAACAACCUUUUUAUAUUAUCUGACCUUUCAUUUUGAACACCCUCCGUUUUGGAAAUGAAUCCAUUCCGGCGGCAAGCCCAUUCCCGCUUUUCUCUCAAAUUUUGACAAAAUAACAUUUGCGGAUCAAUCUUGUUUUUUUUACAUUCGAAUGAGUAGCUACCAUAAAAAUCAAGCCAAUUUCUUCUUAUUGACUAGAGGAGUGGAUACGUGUAAUAUAUUUAAAAAAUUUGUGUCGUGUGUCUGUUUCAAAGUGCAGGUGCCAACGCCAAUGUUGCUUUUAGGAACCUGAAGCUUGGUAUACUAAGGCGGUAAAAUCAAUAAUUGGGAUUUUGGAAACAACCGAUAUAAAGUGUGUGUUUUUUUUUUUUGAAUUAUUUACUUGCGAAUUUAAGUUUUCGAUUGUUUCUGUGGUUGUGAAAAAGACUCGCCCAUUGUUCUCGUUAUUUUCUUUUCCGUUUCGUUAACUUGUACUAUCGCUACGUGACAUUUGGCUUCGAAAAUCAUUAAAGCUAAUGCACAAAGUCGAAAAUGAAAAGCAGGUUUCUCUCUCUAUCUCUCUCUCUUUCUCUCUCUCUCCUUUUUUAAACUUUCAUACUUCAAACAAAAAAUUCCAAUUUAUUCGAAUCUUAAUUAAAUGAAUGCUGUACCCGACUGUGGAAUAAAAGUGCACACUUUGUUCUCCCAAA